GAGGCUUACUUUUAACUGAUAUGAACCACAUGGGAAAAGGCGACAUUAGCCAAACGAUCGAUCCAUUUUGGUUAAUUUGCUAUUAGAUAGGUGGCAGCUCUAUUGUCUGAACCCUGCAGCUGCUUUCGUUCAGAUCAAUUUGUCAAAUCCAGGAUGUGUAUCUUGUUCAAGUUGUCAAGUUUUCACGAUGUGGAUUGGGUCAAAUUGUCAAGUCUUGUCAAAAUGACUGCAUCUGUAAUUUGUUGACUUAUCUGCAAUGUUUACAUUUGGAAAUGUGAUGCUGUCUUAUUAGUAUGCAGAGAUUAGUCUAAGUAAUGUAGGCUUUAACUAAGGAAUUGAUACCAUACUGGAGGUAUUGGUUGUCCUACCAAACUUCGCAAGAGUGGAGCUAAAAUGUCGGCAAAAGCCGUGGCAGCAGCCGAGGUUUAGGGGGAAUGAUAACUUCACCCAAGCGUAGUUUGGUCAGUGGUGAGGCAUUGUUCUAAUUACGGUAUUUAAAAAACCUCAAACUUGAUAUAUUAGCAUAAUCUAACAAGAUUCUGCUUUCGCCGAAACUUUAGAUUAUUAUGAAGUUUUCCCUUUAUCCUUCCUAUCUAUGACAAUGCAUGAAUAGUCAGGCCAACUUCAAUGGACCUGCUGGGCUGUGACCUGGACAUUUCAAUAUCUCACAAUAAUUGUUCCCUCAGGUGAGAGUUGGACAAGCUGUCAUAAAAUCGAUAGCACAUCGAUAUGUUCAGGCUGUUGAAUAGCUAGGCCUAUUAGAGGUGUGGUAUUAGAUCAAUCCAGGCUAGUGGCUCAGUGAUCUUGUGCACCAUAGGCUAGUUUCUAUGCCUGAUGGAUUAAGUUUCACAUGCAUUUUUAUCUUCGUAUUUUGAAAUGUUCAUAAUUUAGUUUUGGAUCUUAUGGUUCAAUAACUUAUCAAGUUUGGAUCCGUAAAUCCAGAGCUAUAUUAAGAUCUUCUUUAGAAAUAUAACUUUUUUUGUUUUCCUUACGAAGUGACUGUUUUGAAAGACGCAUAUUUUCCGUGGUCACAGAUCUGUUAAAAAAUUUCUUAGCUUUAACAUUGUGUCCUAAAACUAAAAGGCCUUCAUAUUCUGUAUCAGGAUUUGAGGAUAUAUAUAUCAUUGAAGAUCGAAUGAUAUCUGGUGCUUUUCUCUCGUGACAUGGUUUUCUUUGGAUGUGUCUUACCAGUGCGUCAACAGAACCGGAUACACAAAUUCUUUAAUAAAAGUAGCUUCAUUUUGUGAUUGAAUGUGCCACUAAAUGUGCUAAAGUCGUAUACAGUAGAGGAAGAUAGCUUAACACUAAUUUGAUGAAAUCAAGGAAUCUCAAGUAUCUUUCUGUUAAGAAAUUUUCAACGUGGCUUCAAAAUGUUCAAUAAUUUCAAGCGGUUCACGAGUAGCUACAAUUCGUUUGAUGACAGUACUAGUCAGAGUGGUGAUGAGGCAAAUGGAACACCGAUGAAGCGAAGGACGGGUAAAGACGGUGGGUCUGAUAACGAAGAUGAUGUCAACUACUAUACCGUUGACAAUGCUGUGGAAAAGAUUGGCUUUGGUUCAUUCCAGAUGCGUAUCAUGGCUGUUGUGGGGAUAUUCUCAGCUGCAGAUGCCCUGGAGAUGUUACUCCUGUCCGUCCUUUCCCCCAUCCUGCAGUGUGAGUGGCGUCUCGCGGGUUGGCAAGUUGCACUUAUCACCACGGUUGUGUUCACUGGCAUGUUCAUAAUGGCGCCAGUGUGGGGAUCCUGGUGUGACAAAUAUGGAAGAUGGCCGAUUCUGUUCCUCUCUUCAAUAUGGAUAUUCUACUCUGGUAUUAUUACCGCUUUUGCCCCCAGUUAUGGGUGGGUGUUGUUCCUAAGGUCACAAGUUGGUGUAGGGAUAGUUGGUGGAAACUUUGCCUUUACCUUCUUCACGGAGUAUCUGCCAUUUAAAUGGCGGGCAAAAGUGCUUACAAUUUAUCAGGUUUACUGGGCCCUCGGGUCUGUGUUUGAAGUGCUGCUUGCAUCAGUUGUUGUACCGUCCCUUGGCUGGAGGUGGUUAGUCGCUCUCUCUUCCAUGCCACUCAUCAUUGCCUGUUUCUUGAUAUGCUUUUGUAUACCAGAGUCCGCCCGGUACUUAGUAGCAGCAGGGAGAAAGAGAGAAGCAGUUCAGGUGUUAGAACAAGCUGCCCGGCUCAAUAAAACUACCUUACCAGAGGGACAACUUAUUGAAGAAAAACAGCAUGGCCGUGGAUCAAUCAAAGACCUCUUCUCCAAGGAUUACUGGCUCACAACGCUCCUGCUCGUCGUCAUCUGGUUUGCAUCCGCGUUCAGUUACUAUGGAAUGGUCCUCGGAAGUUCGGAGAUAGAAAAGUUUCAACCUGGCCAUUGUCGUACUCCUCCGUCCCCUAAUAAAAUCAUAGGCAAUCAUACAAUUUCAAAGUACUCGUGUCAUUGGAACUGUCACCCAUUGACUCAUGAUGACUAUAUGACAAUGAUCAUAUCUGCUAUGGGAGAAUUUUUAGCUAUUCCAGUAAACUUCUUCCUCUUGGAUCUGAUUGGUCGUAAGAAGAGCAUGGCGUUAAAUUGUCUGGGUGCUGGGAUUGGCUUCCUCCUGCUACAGAUUUGUACAACGCGAGGCAUCCUCACUGGGAUAUCUCUUGGGAUCAGGGCUUUCUGCACGGGAAUGUUUUUGUCUGUUUACAUUUACACAACAGAGGUUUAUCCAACCACAGUUCGUUCAUUAGGCCUGGGAUUCAAUAGUGCCAUGGCAAGAAUAGGAGCAAUGGUCACCCCAUUCGUGUCACAAGUGUUGUUGAGUCAGUUUCCAACGGGUACCGUGUAUGUCUAUGGAGGAGUGUGCAGUGUGUGUGCAGUUGUCUCGUUAUUGUUGCCGAUAGAAACCAAGGGGCGAGAAAUGCCUCAAACCGUCCACAGGUGAUACCUCUGUGAUAAGACCAAGUAGUUUUGGUGAUGCAGCUGUGUCUCCAUGACAUAUUCUGUUGAGAAGACCAGUGUCAUCGUCAUCUUAAUCAGGCUGUUAAAAAAAUGAACUGUAAACUCAUAUACAUGUAGGCUCAUCAGCGUGGUAUGGUAGCUUCUUAUCGGCUUCAGAACGGUUGCAGGGAAACAAGUCAGUGUCUGAGCUACAUGUCAAUGCUUUCACAAGCUGUUAUGCUUUCCACAGUUGAUCAGACCCAGGCGAAGUUGGGAAUGAUUCACCCUUGGUAUUGUCAUAAUGAAUAGGUAACAUCAAGUAUGGAUUAAUCUAUACCUGUACUUGGUCACAUAAAUGCAUAAAUCAGUUGAAACUGUAUUGAAUCUCAAUCAUGAUUUACAAAAACGAUGCAAGUUGUCAUAUUUUUAUGUUUUUUUUGGAAAAAAUAAUAUAAAGUCAUAAUCAUAUUACUGUACUUGAAGAAUUUAGAUGCUAAAGCCACUAAGAGCUCUUUCGUAAAUAUGGAGACAACAAUGGUAAAAUACAGCUGAGAGUACCACAGAUUUGAAUACCAAAGCAUUCCAUUGCAAACCUGCAAAAUCCAUUUGAACGUUCUGUGAUAAGAUGUCACUUCUAAUGCUAAAGCCAUUAAAAAAGACCUCAAUUGGAUUUAAUGGCUCUUCGUUCUUAAUCUAAUAUUUAAUACUAACUUGAUAUAAACUCUUCACAGAGGGAUUUGUUUUGAUAAUUUGUUGAGUAUAUUUUUAACAUUCGUCCAUUAUAAUAGUUUUUACGGGUUGACUAGAUAGGCUGUUGACUGGAGAAGAGUGUGAUAGUGAUUAUCUACAGCUGAAUCCUCGUUGUUAUGUGUUUAUGAGAACAAUUUGAUGAUCACAAUCAUUUAAAAAAUCAUAUCGUUAUCUUGACUUUUUGUUGUAGAGUGGGUUAGUGAGGUAUCUAUAUCUAGAAACACCAUUGUUUUUGUGUGUUGCAUCUUCGAGUUACCAGUUAUUAGUUAGUCAUCAGCCGGAGAAGAACCAUCGACUAGCUUGAACAUAUUAGGGCUGCUACAGUAAACCAACAAUAGGCACUAACUGCAACAAAUUGAUCAUUGUUAACACCCUGUAUAUUCUGUUGAUGAGUAAAGUAUUUUGCAUCAAAUGUGAUAAUCAAGAAACAUAUUGAUAUAAAUA